AUGGUAGCACGUGAGGAAGAAAACGGCAUUGUUGUUCUAAAGUGGAAGGACACCCAAGAUGUCAGGAUGCUAUCGACAAAACAUGCUCCUGUUAUGGCUGCCGUAUCUGACCAAUCGAUUCCUGACCCAAAUAAUCCAUCAACCAGUAGAGGCAGGAGAAUAAACCGACGCCAGGGAAAUCGUGAAAAGCCUCUUGCUAUUAUUGAAUAUAACCAAGGCAAGUCGGGCAUUGAUCUAUCGGAUCAAAUGGCUUCAUAUGCUACGACACUGAGAAGAGGUCUCAAGUGGUACAGAAAAGUUGCCAUUGAAUUUUUGCUCGGAAUGGCAGUUGUAAGGGUUUUUUUAGUUUACAAAAAAGCCACUAAAAGUGUUAUGCAAAUUAGAAAAUUUCGGGAGCACGUUGCUGAAGGAUUAUUGGACCUUCUUUCUCCACAACCCGUUGCUUCAAAGAAACAUUAUAUUGAAAAAAGAAAGGAUGCAAAUGGUAAAACCAUAAGACCGGCUUGCGUUUUGUGUUAUGCCCAAACAAAAAAAUCCUCUGAUAGAAAAACUGCUAUGAACAGCAUAAAAAGAAAACAACAUUUUGUCCAGAGUGCCCCAACAAACCCCAGCUAUGCGUUACUUGCUUUCCAAAAUAUUCACAUUCAAAAAGACAGUAAACCUGAAUCUUUGGGAAUUUUGAAACAAAUUUUAGAAUAA